AUGUUCUGCGCGUCGCCACAGACGGCGGCGCGCGAGAGCUGUUGCGAGUGGUGCUGGACGAAGCCCCGGGCGCUAAGCGAACGACGUGAGACGUUGGGGCUGGCUGCGAGGGUGCCGAGUCCUCGGCGCGGGGAGCGGCUCCCAGCUCCCCGUGCAGCGCCGCGGAUAGCGAACCUCGAGCCGGUGGAGAAGACCGCGGUCGUGUCGGACUCGACCGGCGCCGAUGCGGCGCCAGCAAUUCGGGCGCGGCCGACUCGCUCCAGUUCGGCGCAGCUCGCCUUGGAGCCCACCGCGCUCUUAAAUCGCCUCGAGACCAUGCUCCUCGGCAACCAUCCCGUCCCCGCACCCUCCAACGAGGUCAGCAUCGUCGGCGAGGUCACCAACGGCAUCAUCAUCGCCGCGAAAGCUGCCGUAAACACGCUCUUUUUGUCGCAGCGGCGCGGCGCGCUGAUGGCUCUCCAGAUAAAGAACCUGAAGAAGGCUGCGCUGGCGUACCUUGUGUGGGACCUACGCGGCGAGCUGGCGGGCGCGCGACUCGAGCAGGCGGUCGUGUACGGCAAGCGGCUCGAGACGCACGCGAGCGGCGUGGACAACGAGUUGGGAAAGUGCAAGCGGCGGCAGGCGGGCGCGGAGGCGCUUCUCGCUGUCGUUCCAGAAACGCUCAGCGACGCUCCGGUACCCUGA